CCCCCCCACCCCACCCCACCCCACCCCCCCUAAUCAUUGAUCGAUUCCCCUCGCUCGACCGGGCCAAAUUUCUCGCGCAGUUCCGCCGGCCCGGCGGCGAGGCCGGUUGCGCCGAAUCUGGGGCCGAUUUCGCUCUGCGUCGGUGUCCGUGUUCGUGGGUUCCUGUGCUGUGGUUUUGGGGGGGAUGGAGCGGUGGCUGCACGCCGCGGUUCUAAUGUGCUUGCUGGUGCUUUGCUCCGGGAGAGAACUUAAGACCAAAAGUGCGCCAAUAUAUAAUUCGACACUCGCAAAUACGCUUGCAGAGUAUACUUCAGCAGUUUAUACUAAUGAUCUGACACAAUUAUUUACUUGGACCUGUGAAAAAUGUGGUGACUUAACGAAGGGGUUUGAGGUGAUAGAGUUGAUUAUUGAUGUGAAAAAUUGCUUGGAGGCAUAUGUCGGUUUUGCAAAGGACAUGAAUGCUGUUGUUGUUGCGUUCAGAGGCACUCAAGAAAACAGCAUCCAGAAUUGGAUAGAGGACUUGUUCUGGAAACAACUUGAUCUCGACUAUCCAGGCAUGCCUGAAGCAAAGGUGCACAGUGGGUUUUAUUCUGCUUAUCAUAACACAACAUUGCGUGAUGGAGUCGUACAUGGCAUUCAGAAGACCAGGGAAGCUUAUGGCAAUAUUCCCAUCAUGGUCACAGGGCACUCCAUGGGAGGAGCCAUGGCUUCAUUUUGCGCCCUUGAUCUUAUUGUCAACUAUGGGUCAGAGGACGUGACACUAAUGACAUUUGGGCAACCUCGGAUUGGCAACGCUGUGUUUGCCUCCCACUUUAAAAAAUACUUGGCAAACGCUAUUCGAGUAACUAACGCGCACGAUAUUGUGCCUCAUUUACCCCCGUACUACCAUUACUUCCUGCAGAAAACUUACCAUCAUUUCCCCCGAGAGGUAUGGGUCCAUAAUGUCGGCCUUGAUAGCCUAGUAUACCCGAUUGAGGAAAUUUGUGACGAUUCUGGUGAAGACCCUAGAUGCAGCAGGUCUGUGAGUGGAAACAGCGUGCAAGACCAUAUCCACUAUCUUGGCAUCAGUAUGCACUCUGAGUCACGGGGAUCUUGCAGGAUUGUCACAGACGACAAUAUGCUCAGGUACAAGAUUGGCACUGUUGACGGCACUAUCGUCUUGUCGAAGGAGCCUGGUUUAUCUGUUGAUCAGCAACACAGCGCACAGUAAACAGGCUCAAGAUCUCGCAUGCCAAGUGCAAUAUGCUUCUUGGCAAAUCGAAGGACUAUCUCAUGUGCAUACACACAAUCAUGUUGAUGUAUUCUGCUGGCUGGAUUGAAUCAUCUUUGCUCAGGGUGCAUUUCUGAAAUUUGCGAACAUAAACAUGUUGACUAACUUGUUCAUAUUCAUGUAUAUAUUGAUUUAUUCAAGCAAGGCGGCUGCUUCUCAUUAUGCGCAA